AUGGCCUUUGUCACUGUGUGGCAGGCUUUUUUCGUUGGUAAUGACAUCAUAAGAUAUUUAUUAGGGGAAAAAAACGUGGAAAAUGUUCAAUCAAGUGACGGAGUUGAAAAGGUGGUUAAGGUGCAUGAUCCCGAAAAAAGGGAUACUGACAAAGACGUGGAAAGCAACAGAGAGACGACUGAGCGAGUUCAAUCAGUCGAGCGCGCUCAUGAGGAAACGGAAAAUACGAGUGGCCAGUGUAACCUUGAGGGAUGCCUGGAUACAAAUGAGAGGAAAGAGUGGCGUCAACGUGAACAAGCUGAACCCUCUAGCAAGAGAAUUUCGUCCAUCAUCUCAGGGAGACAUUGCAGGUUGGAAAGACCAAGGGUGCGGUUUUCUGCUUCCAGUAACCGGCCAGUUCCCUCGCCGAUGAACAUGAUGCCCAGCACGUGGCCAAAUAACGAUAGAUAUUACACGAACCAAAGAAACGGAGCCCCUACAAAACAUACCCCUCAUCCCAAUUAUCCCGUGGGGCUGUCACCAGGAGUUGCACCUUGGAUGCGGCCUUCUGUUCCAAACAACUGGCCUAUUCCAUCAUCGAUGAACAUUAUGCCCAAUGCUUGGCCACAUGCAAACAUGUGUUACACGGACCGAGCAAACGGUGUCCCUGCAAAACUGAAUCCACAUGCCUAUAAUCCUGCGGGGCCUUCACGAGGGGUAGAACCACGGCCUCGGCCUUUUUUCUCCAACAACAGGCCGACUCCUCCACCGAUGAAUAUUAUGCCCAAUGCUUGGCCAAAUGCCAACAUGUGUUACAUGGACCAAGGAAACGGUGUAUCUGCCGUGCAGAAUCCAGAUGCUGGCAAUCCCAUAGGGCCUAUGCCAGGAGUAAUGCCGUGGCCACAGCCCUUCAUUUCUUCCAACACUUGGCAGACUCCUUCACCAUUGAACGUUAGGCCAAACACAUGGCCAAAUAACAACGUGCCUGACAAGGACCAAGGAUUUCAGAUACCUGCGGAGCAAAAUCCAUUUCCUUAUAACAACGUUGGACCCGGCCCGAUACAAGUUCAACAGUUAUCAUCAUACCCAACAGCAGAAAUAGGGAAUGAUGAAUGCUGUAUUAAGACUUGCAGUGAUGAACAGAAGCAGCUUCCAACAGAUGCUUCAUUUGAAUAG